CAUAAGAUCACUCACAAGCUGUCAAGCUACAGACAUGAAGCGAAUGCUUUGGCUGCCUUUCCUGCUUAUGCACCUGGCCGAGACAGGACACGCACAAAAAUCAGAGAGAUGCUUGUUUCAGCAGCAACCGUUGAUGUGGAAAAAUAUAGGUGAAAAAGCUGUUCUAAAUUGCAGCAUUAAUCCACACUGUUCAGCUGGAGACCUGGAGUUUGAAUGGUUUCUCGUUAAAAAGGAUUCCCAUAAGCGUCUUAUGCAGACCCAUAGGUAUAACAUACAUGAAAAUCUUUUAAACAUCGAUUCUGUUAAUGGCAACGACACUGGGCUUUACCUCUGUGCUGCAAAAGAGGCAGAAUGCUGCCAACCCUUUGUAGCAAAUGGGACACUUCUUGUAGUGGGAGGAAGACCUAAGGUAAUGCGGUGGAGGAUUCUUGUGUGGGUGUUAUUUACCCUCUUAGCCAUCUACAGCUUGGCUUUGGUUACGCUCAUCAUAGUAAGGAAGCAUGACUAUAACUUGACCAUCAGCAAAAAGAGCUCUAAAACCGAAACGCCGAAUAGCGUAAGGAAGAAAACACAGUUCAGAGAUGUACUGCAAGAACUCCACAGCAAGUCGAUGGUGAACAAAAGGAAACAAAACACAAGAGGAAAUGGUUGCCAAGUUGGGGCAGUAAGUGGGAACGGCAACAUCUCUACCGACGACAUCUACCAAAAUGUCUAAUGGUCAUCUCACCCUGUUAAAUAACAGCUGCAGGAGGAUGUUACAAAGACAUGAAACAUGUGUCUGAGGUGACUGUUCUGUUGCAAAUGGAAGGACAAAUGAGUCAGGAGACUGGUUGACCCUUUGCUCAAGUUUACCAAUGAUAUGAGAAAUUUACUGCACAGUAAGGAUGCUGACUCAGUGUUUUCAGCAGCGUCACAUUGACUGUCUCUUUCCAUAGUUUUGUUCAAACUUUCUGCUCAGAUGAACUAGUCCAUGCAAGUUUAUUCUUGAGCUGUAAUUGGAGGCAUUUAUGCAGCGCAGAACGGAGGAUUAAAUGAGAAAUUGUUGUUUUAAGCAAUAGGUGGUUUUAAAUAGAAACAUUAGUAAAAUAAAACAUUUUAACAGUGCUGUGCAAAGAUCCUACGCAAGUCUCAGAUUUUGUUGUAAGGUUGAUUUUUUCUUUUUUUAAUUCAAUUUGUGAAUCUUAAAGUCCUGUCACGCUCUGUAAAUGAUUGACACUGUAUUGACAAAAGUUUUGGUCACUUGCUUUUGAUAUGAACUUUGAUGAUGUCCCAUUUUAAUUGCGGAUUUAGGAGUUUGUUCAUGAAAAAAUUUUUUAACCAUUAUUCCAGAAGUGCAUUAAUGAGUUCAGACACUGAUGUUGGACGACUUUAGUCACAGUCUCAUUCGUCUUAAAGGUGUUCUGUCGGGCUGAGGUCAGUAAUCUGUGCAGGGCAGCCAAGUUCUUUCACACCAGACAAGAUUAUCCAUCACUUUAUGGAUUUUGGUUUAUGGUUUGGUGCCCAGUCACACAAGUGAACAUCCCAAAAUUGUUCCUACAGAGGCAGACAUUGUCUUGGUAUGUGGAUCUUCUUUCAGUUGAACUAAUAUCCCUUCUUCACCAAACUUUAAUCUUGACACAAAGUAGUCAGGGAAAAUAAAUUUGUUAUAAAAGUAUUACUGAUUAAACUUUAAAAAAUUGUGUAGCUUUAUGUUAUUAAAGCUAA